AUUCUUUGCCGUAGGCUUGGCGAAAAUUGGCGAGAUAUUUGAAUUUUCUCUCUUUUGUCCGAACGAGGUUAUAUUACCAUCUAGCCUUGCCCGAGUGUGGUCACGUCCGUUGAAUUAUUUCAAAAGUUUUGGAAGGUGCUUAGCUGGUUUUGUGUUGAAUUAUCCGUCUGUCGUAGUAAUCACUGAAUUUCUUUCACUAGUGACGAAAGAUGAAAUUCCAGUUACUUCCCUACGUUUAUCUAACCCCAGUUUUGUUGUUUGUUGUUGGUGCACAAUUUAAUGAAUGCUCAAUAAAUGAUGAAAAUUGUACUUUUUAUGGACGCGACGUAGAGUUAUACAUGGAUCUCCUGUGGAGACUUGAGAGCAGCAUUAAUACUACGUUGAACUUGCCAGACUCUAGGUGGGAUACGCUGAAAUUCUACAAUGGCAGUUUAUCGCAAUCUUUUUCUGAAAGUGAUGAUGAUUGUGUUUGCCUGUUGUAUGAGCUAAAGGAUAAAAUCUACGUCACUUAUAAUCUGGCAUCUGCAAUAGAUUUAUCAUACAGCUGGGAGAUUGCCUCCGAUAACCUGAAACUGCAAGGAAGUAUAACGAUUUCUACUGAAUUCCUAGACAUGAAAAUGUACUUACUUGAUUAUAGGGAUGGAGGAUACAAAAUAGAGAACGUUGUUAUUGAGCAGCAAAAUGUUUAUAGCUACUACAGUGACGGCGCGUUUUCCGAUUUGUUGGAAAAUUUGCCAGAAGAAGUUUAUAAUGCGAUUAUGAAAGGUCCUUUGAAGAGACUUAUGGAGAAGACACUAUUAAAGGCUUUCUCGGAACGACUGAAGGAUCUGUACCGGGGAAGAAAUCGAACGUCGAAUAAUUUAAUUUAAAUCACAGAGUUGCAUUUCGUACUGAUUAUUUUUUAAUGUAUGUUUUUUCUCUAAUAAAAACAUUAGCUGAAAUUAA